GAGGGAGCGGCCGGCGGGCGGCGGGCACCGGCUGCACGAGCAGGUGGGAGCCGCCGAGGGGCGAGGCCGCCCGCGGGGGCGCCAGGCGGCGGGCACUGCGCCGCGCCCCUGUCCGCGGUGCGCGCUCACGGUGCGCACCGGGCGUCCUCGGCUCCCUCGCGCCCCGCCUGCUCGGGCCCUACCUGCGGCGGCCGUCGGGGGCGCGGAGCCCCCAGCGCUGCCGAGCCGCAUGAACAAUAGGCGGCGGCGGCUCCCGCGGGCGGCCGCCCCGCACCCUAUGGACCGGCCGCUCCAUGGAGUCCUCCAGAUCGCUUCUCGGCUGCCUGGCGAGCGCCGCUGCCGCCCCGCCGGGGGAGGAUGCCACGGGCGCAGGGGCCGAGGAAGAGGAGGACGAGGAGGAGGCGGCGGCCGAGCUGGGAUCUCACGCCGCGCUGCCCUACUGGACGGCGGUGUUCGAGUACGAGGCGGCGGGCGAGGACGAGCUGACCCUGCGGCUGGGCGACGUCGUAGAGGUGCUGUCCAAGGACUCGCAGGUAUCCGGCGAUGAGGGCUGGUGGACCGGACAGCUGAACCAGCGGGUGGGCAUCUUCCCCAGCAACUACGUGACCCCGCGCAGCGCCUUUUCCAGCCGCUGCCAGCCCGGCGCGGAGGACCCCAGCUGCUACCCGCCCAUUCAGCUGUUAGAGAUUGAUUUUUCGGAGCUAACCCUGGAGGAGAUCAUCGGCAUUGGGGGCUUUGGGAAAGUUUAUCGUGCUUUCUGGGUAGGCGAUGAGGUCGCCGUGAAAGCAGCUCGUCAUGACCCUGAUGAGGACAUCAGCCAGACCAUCGAGAAUGUUCGCCAAGAGGCCAAGCUCUUUGCCAUGCUGAAGCACCCGAACAUCAUUGCCCUCAGAGGGGUGUGCCUGAAGGAACCCAACCUGUGCUUGGUCAUGGAGUUUGCUCGUGGAGGGCCUUUGAACAGAGUAUUGUCUGGGAAGAGGAUUCCUCCGGACAUCCUGGUGAACUGGGCCGUGCAGAUCGCCAGAGGGAUGAACUACCUACACGAUGAGGCAAUCGUCCCCAUCAUUCACCGAGACCUUAAGUCUAGCAACAUACUGAUCCUGCAGAAGGUGGAGAACGGAGACCUGAGUAACAAGAUUCUGAAGAUCACUGACUUUGGGCUGGCUCGGGAAUGGCACCGGACCACCAAGAUGAGCGCGGCGGGGACGUACGCUUGGAUGGCACCCGAAGUCAUCCGUGCUUCAAUGUUUUCCAAAGGCAGCGAUGUGUGGAGCUAUGGAGUGCUGCUGUGGGAACUGCUGACGGGCGAGGUCCCCUUCCGAGGCAUUGAUGGGUUAGCAGUGGCUUAUGGAGUGGCCAUGAACAAACUCGCCCUUCCUAUUCCUUCUACAUGUCCAGAACCUUUUGCCAAACUCAUGGAAGACUGCUGGAAUCCAGACCCCCACUCACGUCCAUCUUUCACAAGUAUCCUGGACCAGCUAACGACCAUAGAAGAGUCUGGUUUCUUUGAGAUGCCCAAGGACUCCUUCCAUUGCCUGCAGGAUGACUGGAAACAUGAGAUUCAGGAGAUGUUUGACCAACUCAGGGCCAAAGAAAAGGAGCUCCGCACCUGGGAGGAGGAGCUGACACGGGCUGCACUCCAGCAGAAGAACCAGGAGGAGCUGCUGCGGCGAAGGGAGCAGGAGCUGGCUGAGCGGGAGAUCGACAUCCUGGAACGAGAGCUCAACAUCAUCAUCCACCAGCUGUGCCAGGAAAAGCCCAGGGUGAAGAAACGCAAGGGCAAGUUCAGGAAGAGCCGACUGAAGCUCAAAGACGGCAACCGCAUCAGCCUCCCCUCCGAUUUUCAGCACAAGUUCACCGUGCAAGCCUCCCCAACCAUGGAUAAAAGGAAGAGUCUGAUCAGCAGCCGCUCGAGCCCUCCUGCAAGCCCCACCAUCAUCCCCCGCCUCCGAGCCAUCCAGUUGACACCAGGAGAAAGUAGUAAAACCUGGGGCCGGAGCUCAGUUGUCCCAAAAGAGGAAGGGGAAGAGGAGGAGAAGAGGGCUCCAAAGAAGAAAGGCCGGACGUGGGGACCAGGAACACUUGGUCAAAAAGAGCUCACCUCAGGAGAUGAAGGCCUCAAGUCCCUGGUAGAUGGAUACAAACAGUGGUCAUCCAGUGCCCCCAACCUGGGGAAGGGCCCAAGGAGUAGCCCUGCCCUGCCUGGUUUCACCAGCCUUAUGGAGAUAGAGGAUGAGGAUAGUGAAGGCCCAGGAAGUGGAGAGAGUCAUCUACAGCAUUCACCCAACCAGUCCUACCUCUGUAUCCCGUUUCCUCGUGGAGAGGACGGGGAUGGCCCCUCUAGUGAUGGCAUUCAUGAGGAGCCCACCCCGGUCAACUCAGCCACCAGUACCCCUCAGCUGACGCCAACCAACAGCCUCAAGCGCAGUGGGACCCACCACCGGCGCUGUGAGGUGGCUCUGCUUGGCUGUGGAGCUGUUCUGGCAGCCACAGGCCUAGGGUUUGACUUGCUCGAAGCCGGCAAGUGCCAAUUGCUUCCCCCAGAGGAACCUGAGCCACCAGCCCGGGAGGAGAAGAAGAGGCGAGAGGGUCUUUUCCAAAGGGCCAGCCGCCCUCGUCGGAGCACCAGCCCGCCUUCCCGAAAGCUCUUCAAGAAGGAGGAGCCAAUGAUGUUGCUAGGAGACCCCUCUGCCUCCUUGACACUGCUGUCUCUCUCCUCCAUCUCUGAAUGCAACUCUACCCGCUCCCUGCUGCGCUCUGACAGUGAUGAGAUUGUGGUGUAUGAAAUGCCAGUCAGCCCAGUUGAAGCUCCGCCCCUAACCCCAUGCACUCAUAACCCCCUGGUUAAUGUCCGAGUGGAGCGCUUCAAGAGAGACCCCAACCAGUCCCUGACUCCCACCCAUGUCACCCUCACAGCCCCCACGCAGCCCAGUGGUCAUAGGCGGACUCCUUCUGAUGGGGCACUUAAGCCAACAGCAGCCCCCCCAGCACUAGCCAGCAGGAGCCCCUCCAGCAAUGGGAUGAGCCCCAGUCCUGGGACAGGAAUGUUGAAAACUCCCAGUCCCAGCCGAGACCCAGGUGAAUUCCCUCGUCUCCCUGACCCCAAUGUGGUCUUUCCUCCAACUCCAAGGCGCUGGAAUACACAACGGGACUCUACCUUAGAGAGACCCAAGACCCUGGAGUUUCUGCCUCGGCCACGUCCUUCUGCCAACCGGCAGCGGCUGGACCCUUGGUGGUUUGUGUCUCCCAGCCAUGCCCGCAGCACCUCCCCAGCCAACAGCUCUAGCACGGAGACACCCAGCAACCUGGACUCCUGCUUUGCCAGCAGCAGCAGCACUGUAGAAGAGCGGCCUGGACUUCCAGCCCUGCUCCCCUUACAGGCAGGGCCACAGCCUCCCGCUGAGCGGACGCUUCUGGACCUGGACGCAGAGGGACAGAGCCAGGACAGCACUGUGCCCCUGUGCAGAGCUGAACUGAACACACAUGGGCCUUCCUCUUUUGAGAUCCAGCAGGAGUUCUGGUCUUAGUGUACAAAGGGUCAGGGUGGGCAAGGGGGAAGACGGAGGAGAUAGAGGGAGCUGGCUGGCACAGCCCUAUCUCAGUUAGGACCCUGGGAUCCAGACCUCCUCCUUGCACUGAGAAUGCACUUUGAAGAUGGGAGGGAUGGAAGCAGGGAAACUUCAGAGGGUCUCCUGCCCUAUAGGAUCAGUUUUUCCAUGUUCACUGGAGGGGCUGUGUCAGCUCUGGCUGUGUAGGAGAGGGAGGGGUCCAUGCAUGUCUCCACCCUCUGGUCUUCCUCACCUUUGGGGUGGCACUGCAGAGUCAUUCAGCCAAAUCUGUCCACUGCCUCUUCUCAGCCAGAUCUGUCCUGAAGUCCUUUGUCAGCCCGGAGUUCUGCACACCAGUACUGAUGUUCUUUGAUUGAUCUGGCGUGUCUUCCACUCCUCCCAUGGCUCAGUAUCUCUUUUGGUAUGCAACGAGUGUCUUGUGUCCUAAUUCAUUUUGUGCCAAUGAUGGGAACAGGUUGGCCUUAGGGCCAGAGGCUUGACAGACCUGGUACUACCUACCUGUGCAAAUAUCAAUAGAACCGAGGGUCCAGGGAAGGAGGAAAAAGGAGACAGCCAGGGAAAAUACUGUCAGGUUGGGUGGGGAGGGUCCCUUGGUUUGGUUUGGGUUUGGAUUUUAGAAACAAAGGCAGAAAUCAGCACCUGUUGCAUAGCUCUGUCUAUCCCUUGGGUUCAGGUCAUGGUUGCACCAGGUUUGAAUAUAAGCAUAUUCAUCUCAGGAAUCACUGUCCGGGAGACACACUCACUGACUCCAGUUCUGAAGUCAGGGACAAUGCUUACAUUUGUCUGUCUUGUUGGGCCUCUGUUCUUUCCACCAGUUCCUGGAAUCUGUGGGUUUUAGGAUGUGUGAUUCACAGGUAUACCUAAAGUGUGCCAGAGUAGCAUAUGGGGUGGGUCCUGGGCCUUGGGGUAUGGAACUACAGGGAUUUCUUCAUCGGGCUGUCCAUUUUGUGAUGCCCGUGAAGUAAAUGGAACCCUUAGUAUUAACUUUUGGGUACAAGGGGGGCAGUAGCAUGAUACAGUUCUUCCGGCGCUCAGUGGCCGUUGAUGUACAGUGGCAGUGAGGGCCCUUUGGACACUGACCGAGGCCACUUCUGUGUCUGUAUACAGAGAGCCUUGCGCUCGGCUUUGUGAGCUGGGUAUCUCAGUGGUAGCCAAAUAGAGCAGAGAAGCUCGUGCCGAGUUGUCUGGUGUCUGUUUCUUGAACUUGAAUACUGAACUUCAUCUAAAGCUUUCUCACAUAUUUUCUUCACUGUCUACUUCCUCGGAGCCCUCUGUGACGCAUGUGCCCCAUGGCCCUGUGUGACAGUAACAGCUCAGUUGGGGGUUACAGUCCCCAGUGGUGUUGGAGUUGGUCUUUAGGCUCUCUGGUUUGCCACCUGGACGCCCAGAGGGGUCAGUGUGGUACAUGUGGUAUAGGUGACAAAUUUCAUUACUGCUGUGUCUCUGUAACUGAUAGAAACCCUGUCCUGGGAAGCACUUAAGAGAUGAGGUUGGUUUCCCCAAGUUCUUUACUUUAAGAGUUUGUUUGUCCUUUGUCUCGACCCUAUCCCCACCCCGCCUCCAGUUUCAGGCAGGGAAGAGGUGCUGGUGGUGUCAGCCAGGGUUUUGCUAUAAUAUCCCAUCUUUCCUCUUGGUUCUGUGAGAGGAGAAUGUAAGUGAUUACUUUUGCCCCCACACUCUGACCCCUUGGCUAGGAGAGGUGAGCUUGUGGACCCUCUCAGUAAUCCCAGCCAACCUAGUGAUAAGGCCCUUGUUCUUGACAAGGGCUAGACUCUGUUGUAUGCCCUUCUUUGAAUCUUUAGAAACCCCUGUUCCAAGCUGCAAAGACCUCUGCACACCUUGGCUGCAUUAACGCUUUAAGGUAGCUUGCUCCAGCCCAUGCUCCAGCCCAUGCUCCAGCCCCAGGCAGGGUUUUUUUCCUGUCCAUAUUUGACUGUGGCCAUCUUUCUGGGAAAGAUAUAUUGUUACAGAUGUCGUAUGCACUGUUUGGCAACUACAUUCCACUGAGUGACUGGUGGAAUCUAGUUCUUACUUGACCACCCAGCGCUCAGACAGAGGAAGACUUCACUAAAUAAAUGAUUGUGCCUGGGAGAAGUGAAAGUGGGGCUGCUGUGGAGAUGCUGUUGUGGAGUUAUUAUAGGGCAGGAGUCAGAUUUCUCAUUUAGCUUCUUCAAGCCUGUGUGGUGCUGGGCCACUGUCUGCCGCGAGCCUGGAGAUGGGAUGAAUGCUAAGAGGUCACCGUUUGUGUGAUGUAGUUUUCCUUAUCUGUGAUCAUGGUUACAAACAGGCCUGGUAGCCAUGAAUAAACCCACUUGAGUGACAGUAGCCAGCUUCUCCCUUUUCUUUCACUUCUCUUUCCUCAAAGACUUGGCUGUCUGCUUCAAGUGGGUGUUCGCUACCUUCAAGAUUCAGCAGGAUCAGAUGCUGCUCUUUUCUGCGUGUCCCCUCAGGACUUCAGUUCCCAGUGCUUAUCCUUAGGAUCCAGGCUGUUGCUAGGAACUGAGGAGGUGCCUCCUUUGUCCUUACAGCUAUUUCUAGGGAGCUGUGGUUGGUGCUCUUAACUUGGCAUUCUUUGACAUCCCUGUGAUCUGGGAGGCAUCAUGACAAUGAUCGUGUACAUUUGGACAGCCCAGAAUAGGGCUAGCUUUCCCUUCCAUCCCUUACAGAAUGACACCAUUCUCCUUCACAUUCGAUACACUGGUUUCAAAAACAGGGAGAAAGACAGGCAGGCAGACAGACAGACAGACGAUGUUUGGAUGAUUGAGUCUAGCCACUAGGCUCUGAGACCACACAAUUUGGCCCUACUCCUCUGUUCUGCUUUUAUUGCAUGACUUUGGUCCUGUGUCUUGCCCUUCUCAGGUUUCCUUGUAAAAGCCUUCAUCAUAUACUUCCCUUGCAAGGGCCCUGAAAUGCUGUGGCUCCCCACCAGCUUGAGGGGCAGCUUCUCCCCCUGCAGGAUGAAUGUGCUAAAGCUGACAGCAUGGUUCUCAUCACCUUUGCCUCAAGGCAUCUUGCCUUUUUUUUUUUUUUUUUUUUUUUUUGGCUCCUGGAAAAUGAGUAAUUUGGAGUUGGUUUGGUUUAACAUGACUAAUGGGCACCCAGGCCAGGCACAUGCUCUUCCAUCACAUCAUGAAGCCCAGGUGACAGUAGCAUCAUUUUCUAAUUCCCUUCUCACACCUAACCUGGCCAGCUGGGUGUCCUUACCAUUUGUGUCUUGCUGAGGACACGGGAGCUUGGUGGCAGCAUCUGAGUGGCAGUUUGCCAUCUCUGCUUUUUGAGGAUUAUCCCCAGGGUCAGAUUUGGUAAGAAUUUGAAACCAGGCCAGGUCUGGAAGAAUCUUUGGGAAAAGGGUCCCUAACCCAUAGGAUAUCAUGUCACAGUAUGAUAUUCCCCACAGAGUCCCUUUACCCUCAGGCUAUUGCUCAGGGACAUGAGACAUUGCAGGGUGUCUAAACCUGCUCCAUGCUUUUCCCCCCACAGGCUCCAUGUGGUACACAUUGCUUGCCUCAUGAGAAGGACCAUUCUUAACUCAAGAGGUUCACCUCUUCUGCUCUUCCUCUUCUGUCCCUGCCACCCCCACCUACCCCCAUAGCUGGGUCUCCCAUAUGCUAAGCAAGGGCCUUCUAAUAUCAAGCUUUUAACAGAUUAAAGAACAAUGGUCCCUGAAGGCUGGGUGGCUGUGAGUGGAUACCUCAGGGUAUAAGUGUCUGUCUGUCCAGUGGUACCCCACCAUGGAUGCGGAACCCCUGACCUUUUUAAUCAUAUGUUUAUUUGAUCAUGUGCCUUUGGACUGGUGUGUGAGGAAUGGCACAAUCCGACAGGCCGGAAGCACACAGCUCUGCCUCUGGAAGGCCUGGGAAGAGAGGCAGGUCCUGAUUGUUGGUGAAGUACUGGACUUCCUCUAGGGACCUAUCUAGACUGUGGAACUGGGGCAGAGGGAAGAGCAGCCCUCAGGGAGUUGUGGGUGGCAUGAAUCUGGUGACUUAAGCUGUCCAUUAUUAUCAAGCUGAAAUUUGCCAAUAUCUGGCCUUUAGAAGCCUUCCUGUGAUCUGGGGAUGAUGCUCACCAACCACCCUUUAAGCCCUUUAGCUUAAAAACCUACCAUCUUAGCCAGGUUCAGGGAUGCAUUCUUGGGAACCCAUCUACUCAGGAGGCUGAGGGAGGGCAAUUGCUUUAGCCCCAGUUGUGAUAUCAGUCUGGGGCAAUAUAGCAAGACCCCGUCUCUUCAGUGUGUGCUGCCAGAGCCCCAAGACCAGCACAGAUAGCUUCACCUUGAAAGAGUGUUUCCCUUGGUGGAAAAAAGUGUGAAUGUAUGUGUGAUCAGAGGUCAAAGGCCAACAUUGGCCAUUUCAUAUGGCUCAAUCCUGUAUCCCUUGCCGUCAUCCUUGUCUUGACCUGAGAAUGACUUCUUGUCAAGAUACAGUUGUUGGGAACACAUUUCCAGAUGGCAAAUCAAUAUUUUCCUAGUUCAAAAGUUGUAAUAAAAUCCACAUAUAAAAGGAGAAAGGCCCUUCUCUCUGGACUCUUUGCUGGCAUUGCUGCUUGGAGGCUCACCAUCUCUGGUGCUGACUUGGAGGGCAGGAACCAGGAGCUGGAUUCUUGUUUGAUUAAGGCUAUUUAAUACAUACCUAACUAGUCUAACCCAGACCUGGGUUCCUGGUUGGCUCUGCAAGCCAGGUGAGUUUCUUUUGCUUUUUCAUGAACUGUUUCUAGGUUUUCCCAUUCAUUGCAUUUGUCCAUUUCUGGGUGUGGACCCUGGAGGCACCUGGGUCUCCCCAAGCUUCUGGGGAAGCCCUGGACUGCCUUUUCAGGAAACUGGGUUCCCCCUUGCUUUCUUACUGCCUUGGUCCCUGAAUCCCCUUUGAGUCUCCUGUUGGCAAUGAGAAGGUCCUGGGGACUGAGGGAGGUUCCCUGAGCUGGGAGCUCCAUGCUGCUCUGGUUGCCUUUGGAAGCAGGCCUGCCUUGCCCCUGACCCUCCAAUGGCUCUGACCCGCCCACUCUUUAAUUGUCAGGCGUUAACAUGACAGCUAGAUGGUGUCUCAGGAUGGGAAAUUCAAAUACAAAUCUAAUGUUUGUAUUUCUUCCAGGGACAGGAGGGGUGGAGCCCCUAGUCAGGGGUCAGAAUGGCUGUAAGGGAAACCUGACAAUAUGAAGACCCCACGGGAGGAAUUUGUCCUGCUUUGCAGUCACUCAAGACCAGGUUUCCAAGGUUUUCUGUUGCCCUGAUUCCUGAAAUCUUUCACACUUUGACACCUUCACAGACAGCCCUAAGGCUGAGCACUGGUCAUGUCAUGGAUGUUUUUUUUUAUUAUUAUUAAUUUUAUACUUUUUAGAAAAUUAUAUUGAAGAAUGGUUUAGCCUUGACUGGUGAUUUUUUUUUUUUUUUUAAUCUUCCUCUUGAAAUUUGUAUCCACGGCAAGUGCCUCACUGUCCUCAACCUGUUCUGAACCCUGCCUGCCUGUCUCCUGGCUCUCUAGAUAGAGUUGUGGCAUUUGACUUAUUCUCAUUACCACCACAUGCCUCACAUUCUAAGUGUAGCCUGUCACCCCCUCGGAGUGCUUGCCUGCAAAUACAGUGAAGAAGCACCCAUUUUUUUUAAACAUCAGCACUGUAGCUGGGGUGACUUUCCCCCUUCCUUCGUGUUCUCUGCUGCCUUUUAGGCUCUCAGAAGCCACUCUCUGGGUGUUUGUGCAAUCCAGGAGAAGGAAAGCAAUGCUGUAAAGAGAAGCCUCUAGAUUCUCUGGGGAUUCUAGGAGAAGUAAAUAGACCUCAUUCAUCUCUCCAAGAUCUCAGAAGUGAGUAAAAGGAGGCGCUCCUGCUCUGCCCCACUCCCCGCACAGCAAGCCUUCUAAGUAGCAUCUCCACUAGAGGCAGGUUCACUGUUACCCUCCUCCGUUAUCAUUUCACUCACGUCAUUUAUUCUACCUCUAGUUCUAAGGCCAUGUCUGCUAUGGCUUUUAUUUAUUAUUUUUUAUAUUAUUAUUUGAACAGGGUCUCAUGUAGCCCAGGCAGGCUUCAGACUUGCUAAAUAGCCAAGGAUGGCCUUGUACUCCUGAUCCUCCUGCCUCUACUUCCCAGAUGCUAAGACUGCAGGCAUGCAACCGUUUUCCUCAUUAGUGUCAGAGUGAGACGUGGGUUUAUCCCAGAUACGGAGUUGAGCGAUAAGUUUCAAGGAACAGCUGGAUCUUCCACGUAAGGAGGCUCUGGCUGGAGCUUUAUGGGCCCAUAUCUUGUGACUUCUUACAGCACUACCAGGGCUGGCAGGUGGUACCUGCCUCCAAGGAUGAGAGCAGACUUGUGAUGUUCGUCCUGCUCGACUAGAGUCACAGAGCUGGGAAGCAAGUAGCUGACGGCUCUAAGGCAUGCCUCCAGCCUGUGAGCACGUUUCUAGAACACUGUUGAAAGGCCUCAAGGUGAAAUUGGCUCAUCUUGGGCCCGUGUAGGUUAUGACAUCAUCCUUUUCCCAAGGAGUUGUGUUCCCUGGCUGACCUGUGAUCUCCCCAGAGCUCGGCAAACUUCAUUUUUUUUGCCAAUGGCAGCUCUUUCUCCUUCACCUUCCUCUCUCAGUUCUGCAGGGAUUCUGAUCUCACUGGGGUUGUCUGCUCUGUAGCUGUCCUCCCUCUCAGCCCCGCAGAAGGCCCUGGGUCUCUCCUGUUCCACUGAUGGCUACGCUGAAGUUGCUCCUCACUGUAACUCCACUUUCUUUGUCCCUAGUUCUUUGAGCUUGGAAUGGAAGCCUAUCAUCCCAGUUCAUGUCUUCUAGGGAAAUCAGCCUGUUGCCCUUUCGUCACCUGGAGCCUUGGUACCCAGCUAGCAAAGCAGGGAGGUAGUGAAUUCACUAACGUUCUGCUUCCCCUGGCCCCUUAUUUGUCCACAGCCACACAUACCCCCCCGCCCCCCACAGCGGUCUGAAACUCUCUUCAAGGUCUCAAGGAGAGGCACUGGAUGGGCUCUGGUUUCCUGAAAAAGCUCUCUUGGGGCUUUCUCUCCAUUAGGGCCCUUGAGUGUAGAAAGUAAAGUGAAAGUUGUUUGUUUUGUCCUUCGGUAUUUAACUACAAGUUUCCUUUCCUGCAACAGUGUCUUCCCCUCUAUGUGUACCCCGAGUCCCUCCUUGAGCCCACAUUUGCUUUGAAAUUUAAAUUAUUGAAUGUUGUCAGAAAUAUUUAAAGAUGAAAAAGUCCUGAAGGAAGCUCACUGUCAGGUUCUUUCCUUUGGCUUUUUCUUUCCAUUUCUUUCAAGGUACUGUACAUUGUUGACAAGGGAUGCCAAGCGGGCUUGGUUCGGUGGCUAAGCCUCCCACUGUCCUACAGUGUAACCCUGAUCUCAGCCUGGUCCCCACACCAGAGCUCUCAGAGACUUGAAUAAAACUGUCACGAUGGUU